UCUCGGGGCGCCGCCGGUGUCGUCGCAGUGGUCGGUCUGGCCAGGAAACUGUGGCUAUCGCAACGGGCCUUGCCGGUAUCUCUGCCGGAGCAGAUUGGCAAUGGUUCGUAAUGGAAAAAAUGGUGGGCUCCACCUGAAGCAGAUUGCAUACUACAAGCGAACGGGGGAAUAUCAUCCCACAACAUUAUCAAGUGAAAGAAGUGGAAUCCGGAGAGCUGCCAAAAAAUUUGUUUUAAAGGAAAACAAGUUGUUCUAUGUUGGAAAAGACAGAAAACAAAUGCGCCUGGUAGUUAUUUCAGAUGAGGAGAAGAAAAAGGUCCUCGAGAAAUGCCACAAAAAUGCUGCUGGCACUCAUCAUGGUAUAUCAAGGACAUUGACUUUAGUGGAGUCUAACUACUACUGGACCUCUGUAACAAAUGAUGUCAAGCAGUGGGUGUAUAAUUGCCAGCAUUGCCAGGUGGCAAAGAACACAGCCACCAAAGUGCCCAAAAUACACCCUAUCAAAGCAGAGGACCCAUGGACAGCAGUCACUAUAGAGCUAAUGGGACCUUUCAGUGUUACCAGUAGAAGUCACAAAUACAUCAUAAUUAUGACAGAUUUGUUUACGGGAUGGACUGUUAUCUUACCACUGCAUAACACUUCAGCAGCUGAAAUUGCUAAGGCAAUCAUAAAUGUGUUUUUCUUAUAUGGGCCCCCUCAAAAGAUGCCUAUUGAUCAAGGGAAGGAGUUUGUUUAUCAGAUAAAUGAAGAACUGUGUGCACAGUUUGGAAUGAAACAAGUUGUAUUGUCUUAUCCUCAGACAGAUGAUGUAAAUGAAAGGAUGUCCAAGACAAUCAAAACUUUCCUUAACAAGUAUUGUAUAGACCAUCCAAGUGAUUGGGAUGAACAUUUGUCUGCUAUAGCCUAUGCUUUCAAUCUGACAAAUUUGGAGCCAGAUCAAAACACCCCAUAUUUCCAAAUGUUCAACCGUAACCCACGUGUUCUUGAGCCCAUUAAUGUAUGUGUGGAAGGAGAAUACAGUAGUUUUGCCAAAAUAUUUGAAGCAACUAGAAAACUCAGUGAAGCUCUGGAAGAAGAGAAAACCACAGAUUGCCAGGCAGAUAAAAAAACUUCAGAUGAACAAAAAAUCAGAACCAAAAUCACAGUCAAAAGGAAGCCAAAACAAUUAAAUACCCUUCAACUUAAAGUUGGUCAUGAAGUCCUCAGGCAAAGAAAAAACUGGUGGAAAGAUGGUCGUUUCCAGUCAAAAUGGAUUGGUCCUUGUAUCAUAGAUUACAUCACAGAAAAUGGCUGUGCAAUAUUAAGAGAUUCCACAGGAUCCAGGCUGAAAAGACCCAUCAAGAUGUCUCACCUCAAGCCAUAUAUAAGAGGGUCCAGUGAAAAAGACAACCAUUAUAUUCUACAAGGUGCAGUAGUUUUUGACCACGACUAUAUUGGCUUACCUGAAAGAUCUAAUAAUUCAAGCCAACCAGACUCUGUUACUGAAGAGGAAAUAAAUGCCUACAAAAGAGAUAUCAUGUCCGCUAUACAGAUUGCACCUGAAGCCUGCAAAGACCAACAAUCAGCAGAUGUUGCCUCUUCAUUGAGCCUGUGCACAUUGGGAGAUUCUCUAUGGAUGGUGGGCUGUGAAAGGUGAAGCACUGGUAUUAAUUAUUUGGAUUUCCUUGAGUAAAUUGUUACUGGUUUGGACUUUCUGCUGAGUGUUUCUCAAAGUAAGCAGCACAGGAAUUUUUUCAUAUGGAAAACCGAUGAGUAUAAGUUAGGUUUUUUGUUUGUUUUUGUUUUGAUUUAUAUCUUAGGUUGCAAUACAGGAUGUAAUCAAAAGAAUGUAUUCUAUCACCAUCUGUUGAAAUCAGGUGGGGCAAUGAGCCUUCAUCUCUAUGGGAGAUAUCCUCUGCUAAUGGGCCAUCUUUUAAAUACCAGGUGGGACAGUGUUCUUUAACUUUUCCACAACCUCCUCCAGGAAAUAUCUUCUGUUAAUGGGCCAUUGAGUCCUACUGCAUGACUGAUAAAAUUACAUCAUCCCAUUGGGAGGUGCUCCAUCCAGGGGGAGGAGCCAAGCCUUUCCUAGCUAAAUAAAAUCUAAAAUGUAAGACACCAAAGCAGCCCUUUUUUCCACUGGAUUCCAGAGAAAAACUGGACCUUUCCACAUCUACAGGAGAACUGUUUCAACAGAACCACAUCUGUCAUUCCAGGAGGACUGCAGCCACCAUUUAAUGGGACUGCUACCACCACCCUGACUGAUGGGGUGUCAGCUUGUAUUCUGACUCUGUCAGUGUUUUUAGGUUUGUUCUCUGUAAUACUGUAUUUUUAUUUUAAUUUUCCUAGUAAAGAACUGUUAUUCCUAUUCCCAUGUCUUUGCCUGAGAUCCCAUUAAUUUCAAAAUUAUAGUAAC